CAUCAAUGAUUCACUUCUGAUAUGCUGGCCGUCCUUCACGACAUCUCAAAAACAAGACAGACUAACCUCAGGCAGCUGCAGCUUCAGCCUCGUUGUCCGGGCUGUUUUGAGUCUCCACAGUGUCCUGAGCUCAGCAAACUCCCAGCAGACUCAGAUCUUCUUCAUCUUCGCACACAGCCUUGCGUCCUGAGUGCUGCAGGCGACAGUGGAAAGGAAAACACAUUUUCAACAGGAAGGGACUUCCAGUAGAACUGGACUUUGCAGAAAGGUUGGUCAAGCACUGAUGGUUGAGGAGGGUCUCCAGGGGGAGUGAAAUAUAACAGCCAUGGCACAGUGUAAUAUGAAGUCAUCCUCCCCUUCCUCUCCUCGCGACAACAUCAACUUGGGGCCUACAGCAAAUCCACAUGCCACCCCGACCGACUUUGACUUCUUGGCCAUCAUUGGGAAAGGGACCUUUGGAAAGGUCCUGCUCACCAAGCACAAAGCUGAUAACAAGUUCUACGCGGUCAAAGUGCUGCAGAAAAAGAUCAUCCUGAAGAAAAAAGAGCAAAAGAACAUUAUGGCUGAGAGAAACGUGCUGCUGAAGAGUCUGAAGCACCCGUUUCUGGUUCGGCUCCACUACUCCUUCCAGACCUCAGAGAAACUCUACUUUGUCCUGGAUUAUGUAAACGGAGGAGAGCUGUUCUUCCACCUGCAAAGAGAGAGGUGUUUCUCCGAGCCCAGGGCCAGGUUCUACACGGCCGAAGUAGCAAGCGCGAUUGGCUACCUUCAUUCUCUCAACAUCGUCUACAGAGAUCUGAAGCCGGAGAAUAUUCUUUUAGACUCUCAGGGCCAUGUGGUGCUGACAGAUUUUGGCCUGUGCAAAGAGGGUGUAGAGCCAGAAGGGACCACUUCAACUUUCUGUGGCACUCCUGAAUAUCUAGCACCAGAGGUUCUUCGUAAGGAGCCCUACGACAGGACGGUGGACUGGUGGUGUCUGGGAGCAGUUCUGUACGAGAUGGUCUUCAGCCUGCCUCCGUUCUACAGCCGAGACGUUGGUGAAAUGUACGACGGGAUCCUCCACAAGCCGCUGCCUGUGCCUCCAGGGAAGUCUGAUGCCAUCUGCUCUCUGCUGGUGGGUCUCCUGCAGAAAGACCAGCACAGACGCAUCGGGGCCAUCGCUGACUUUUUAGAAAUAAAGAACCACCCUUUUUUUUCCCCGAUCAACUGGGAUGACCUGGACAACAAGAGAAUCACUCCUCCGUACAACCCCAACGUGAGAGGCCCAUCUGAUAUUCAGCAUAUUGAUCCGGAGUUCACCAGGGAAAUGGUUCCUAACUCAGUCAGUCGGACCCCAGAGCUGACCGCCAGCACCAGCUCCAAUAAUGCCUUCAAUGGGUUCUCAUACGUCUCCAAUGACGACAGCUUUCUGUGAGACACAGAGAUCCAGAGGAUGAGGCCACAGAAGUGAUUGUUAAAAUGAUCCGCUGACAUUGAUGUCGGGGACUUUUACAGCUCCUAAUGUAACACUGCCAGAAUUUCUCAUGGCUUCCAUCAGACCGUGUGUGUGUGUGUGUGGAUGAUGUAGUCUUUGAAGUUUAAAGGGUCUUAAAUAGCAGUUCUGAAUGAGCCUGAAUACAAUAUAAUGAUCAUUGAUAAGAAACAGGGAAUAACAUCUGAAAACCCAACACUUUAACUUCCUUUUUUUUAACAUUAGUCAUCAUAACAUGCUUUUGUCAAACAGCCUGCUGCUAAGAUGACUGACAGCAUCUGCUGAUUUUGAUAUUUUAUUAAAUACUUUUCUAAAUGGUAAAAGUUCACAGGGAAAACUGCAGGGCACCGUGUUAGAAGGGAAAAAUCAUGUACCUCACUAGCUUCCGAGACCUUUUAACUGUUGUCACUAAGGACACAACGUACGUUUGCUGUUGUGAUGCGACUGAUGUUCAAUUGGAAAUAGCUGCCAGUCUGUACGGGUUCAAGAAAAACACUUUCAACAAGGAGGUUUUAAAACCAAUUAAACCAAACAAGUGUGGUUAAUAUGACUGGUGUGAAACCGUAGCUACUCGCCAUUACAACAGUUGUCUUGUUUGUUGAAGUUAUUAAUGCCUCACUUCCCUUGUAAUGGGUGCAAUGAUGUAAACACUGUGUAGCUACCAUUUACAUGGCAGUGUACACAAUAUAAAAGUUUAUUAUGUAGACUUAAGCUUUUUUUCUGUAUUGUAACUGAAGCAAGUAGAGAAUUCUCUUUGGAAAAUCAUUUAAGUCUAUAGAUAGAAGAGUUAUUAGAUUAUUUUUGUGUAAUAUAAGGUAAAGAAUUUCGUGUUGAUAGUAAUGCAUCCAGGAUCUGUACAUAUACAGUAUUUGUUUUGCAAUAGGAUUACUGUGAUAACAGGACUGUAUCUGUGGAAACUAUGAGGUGUCUCUAUCUUGGAAGAAAGGUUGUGAUGGAUGGUGCUAACAUUUGUCAGCGAUUGGUGAUACACUUAGAAAAUGAACUUUGGAUGUGCCUUGCAUUUUAUUUUCAUCAUGCCAUUCAUACAUAAAUAUACAAACGUGUUUGUUUAUCUGGUACUUUAACAUGUUCUUAGUGCUGGGCACACUUUGCUUCUAUCAGCCCCUCUGAAAACGUUUCGCUUUCACAUGUAUCGGAUGUUUUUUCUGUGAAACGGAGUUCCCAGAGGGUAAAAUGAUGUUUCGUUUUUAUUUCAUCCUAAAAUGAUCAAAUUAUUUCAAUGGACAAAACCACCUCUGACCUUUAAAAAUGUAACCUGUAAACAGUUGUAUUGUUGAGUUCUGCUGCCAGCAGCAGUGGACUGAUGACAUCUGCAUCAGAAAUGUUUGAGUGUCUGUGUACAUAGAAAACCUGUAUAUAAAUGAAAUUGAUGUCAAAACA